CUACCUAUCUACCUAUCUACCUACCCCCCUCUAGUAUCUAUCUAUCUAUCUAUCUAUCUAUCUAUCUAUCUAUCUAUCUAUCUAUCUAUCUAUCUAUCUAUCUAUCUAUCUAUCUAUCUAUCUAUCUAUCUAUCUACCUACCCCUCUAGCUAUCUACUUACCCCCCUCCCGCCUGCCUCCCUCUCCCUGCCCUCUCCCCGGCCCGCCCCCGGGCCGGUGUACCAUCUCCCGCUUCCCGUACCCUUCCCAACGCCUUUUUUCUUCCCUCUCCUCGCCCCAAGCCCUCCCAGAUCCAAGCCGCCAUUUUUUUUUUUUUUCCUUUUUCAUGCUAAUCAGGCGGGAUUCGAACCCGUCACCUCUUUGUUUGCCAAUUCAUUACCGAUUCAAUGCUUAUGCUAAUUGCGCUAUCCCGGCUCGGUUACAAAUUCAAUGGUUUUUUAGUAUGUUAUUCAUAUGCAAAUCAAAUUCUUGCCCCUGAUUGGCUGUUGAAAAUAAUGACAUCAUGAACCUUCGGCCCAGAGGUCCCUUAGGUCCCACAGGUCCAAGAACCAAAACAAACCAAAGUUAACCAAACAUAAUGGAAACUGUAACCUUCUCGGCUUUGCAAAAGCUUCCUUUUAAUCACGAUUCUUGUAUCUUUCUGACCGCUUUUACAUUUAAAAAAGCACUUAGCGCUUUGACGUUUUUUCCGACGGGCAAUUUUGAUUUUAGCUGAAGUUUUGUAUAAUAUUGAAAUACUUGAAAUGUCCGUCGGUGCGUUUGCUUUCAGUCGGUGAUCACAAGAAACACUUUUUGUACGGUGAACAGUGAUCAACAUCAAUUUACAUUCUCGCUAUAUAUCCUACCACUGAACAGUAUCAAUCAUAAACUGCUGAAAAGAGAGGAAACUGCUCAGCAGCGAAAAACAUUGUGAUUUCUAGUCAAAUUCUCCUCGUUAGCGCCAGAUGAACGGUAAAGGAAUGAGUAUGGAGAAUGUACAUGUUAAUCUCACGCCAUUUACAAGUGUUCCUGUAACAAGCAAAAUUGAUCUUAUAAAUGAAAAACGCGAAGAUUAUGUCAAUUUUAAUAGAUUUGGAGCCAGCAAUGUGACCCUUCAAAAACAAGAAAAAGCGUUCUUCUCUAACUAGGCAACUACAGUACCAUAGUCUGAAUCUGGUACCCUUAUAACUGCAAUAGCAAAUCUGCAAGUAGCACUGUAAAUCAUACUAAAAUGCUACCGAUGCUACCGAAAACGUGUCAUAGAAUCGUGAAAUCAGCCUGAAAGAUCAAAACAAGGUGAUAUCCUGCGUGUCCUAAGGCAGCUGAAAGACUUUUUUUCCACAAUGAAAUAUACUUACAUCCUCUUACUUGAGACAUAAAAAAAAAACACAGGGACACUUCCAGGAGAUGUCCAUCAGUUUCCAACUUGAACCAAAAGUCACUUGACAAGAUGAACCAAACAAACAUUGUUUGCCCGGCCUAUUGACGAUUAGUAAUUCCAUCAGGUCGUGUUUCUUUCGCAGGCAAGGUUAAUUGAAGCUAUUUCCAAUCCACUCUUAAAAUCAGGCUGUUAAAUGUCCCCAAGGUCCAUGACCAAUAACGAAAAUUCUCCAACAGACGAAGAGCAGUUUGCAACUUCAUGGUCUGUUUAUCCACUGCAUUAAAGAAAAGGAACGUACUAUAAGUAGACUAACUCGCGAAGUUGAAUGUGGGAAAAAGCGUCCAGUGGGUCUCAAAGUGUGGAGAAGUUGAUCCUGAGUAAUGACAAAUGUCUAGUCAUAAAUUUCGCUUGUUUCUUCGUACACGUCCUUUUUUCCCCUUUUUUUAUUACGUGAAUACAUUCUUUUCCAAAUGUCCUUAUUUUGAGUCAAGAAUUUUAUAAAAGUAAGAAGAAAAAAAACUGUGCUGAGCAGCAAAACCCUCCCCGGGUCUAGCCUGCGAGCAAGGUCUCUCACUGCCCCACCCCACCCAACCCUCCCCCCAAUCCCGGCAGCAAGAGACCUUGCUCGCAGGCUAGACCGCCCCUCCCUUUCCCCCUCCCUUCCCUUCCCUUCCCCCUCCCAUCCCUUCGCCCUCUGCCUUUCUACCUACCCCCCUCUACCUAUCUAUCUAUUUAUCUAUCUAUCUAUCUAUCUAUCUAUCUAUCUAUCUAUCUAUCUAUCUAUCUAUCUAUCUAUCUAUCUAUCUAUCUAUCUAUCUAUCUAUCUAUCUAUCU